AUUCAAUAAUCAAAUUGAGACUGAAUCCCGUCUUAUGAAUGUCAGACUUCAACUGCAUUGAAAUAAUGAACGAAUAGAUUGAUCAUACGCUACAUAUAUAUCAAUUCUUCAAUAAAAUAUUAAUAAAUAAGAAUUCAAUGGAAAACUUUUCGAGAGUUGAAAAAAUUGGUGAAGGAACAUAUGGCGUAGUUUAUAAGGCAAGAGACAAAGUAACCGGUAAAGAAAUUGCUCUGAAGAAAAUAAAACUUGAAAAUGAACCUGAGGGGGUCCCAUCAACUGCACUCAGAGAGAUAUCAGUAUUGCGGGAGUUAAAGCACCCGGCUGUGGUGCGCUUACUAGAUGUGCUGCUGGCAGAUACAAAGCUGUUUCUGGUCUUUGAGUUUUUACACAUGGACCUCAAACGGCUUAUGGAUAUAACCAAAGGACCACUGCAGCUGGAUCUUGUGAAGAGUUACUUGCGACAGCUGUUAGAGGGAGUCGCCUACUGUCACGCACAUCGUGUGUUACAUCGCGACCUCAAGCCACAGAAUCUUCUGGUGGAUGUGGAGGGUCACAUAAAGCUGGCCGACUUCGGUCUGGCGCGCGCCUUCGGUAUACCCGUGCGCGCUUACACUCACGAGGUGGUGACGCUCUGGUACCGGGCGCCCGAGAUCCUGCUAGGAGCCAAGUUCUACUCCACUGCCGUCGACGUCUGGAGUCUCGCCUGCAUCUACGCCGAGAUGGCCAGCGGCAGGACGCUAUUUCCGGGCGACAGCGAGAUCGAUCAGCUGUUCAGAGUGUUCCGCGCCCUGGGUACGCCCGGCGAGGACGUGUGGCCCGGAGCGCGCCUGCUGCCCGACUACCGCGCCGCCUUUCCUCGCUGGCCGCGCCGCGAGGCCCGCCUGCUUCUGCCGGCGGCGGCUCGGGCUCCGCCGCACGCCCCACACGCCGCGAGCCUGUUCGAGAGCAUGUUGCGGUACGAGCCGAGCGAGCGCGUGUCGGCGCGCGCCGCCCUGCUGCACCCUUACCUGUCGAACGCGCGCCUGGUGCCGCCCGCCCUGCCGCCGCAGCAUUCUCCGCCUUCCACCGACUGCGCCGAUCGUCCCGACGACUUCUGAUCUCCGUCGAGUUGAUUUCGUUGUCACCUGUAAAUAAAUAUUUAUAUUUUUUUUAAAGGAAAAUUUAUACUUUAUAAAUAUAAAAUGUGAACGAAAUAAUUA